CUUCCCGUGUCCAUUUAAGCACUUCUCAGUGAUCAGCAGUGGAGCCCAAGGGGUGUGGAGGGGCUGCAUGGGGCUAUUCUUGGGGGUGACAUCCUGGGGAUGGGAGACUGAGCCCCUCUGGGGAAGCACAGGGAAAAAGCCCAUGCAGCUCAUCCUGCUCCGAGCACGAUGUGUUGAGUAGGGGCCAGCAGCGAGGAGAUGCAGCAUCAUCUCCCCCUGUUGUCCAUCGACAUAAAAUGCAGUGUUCUGGAACAUGAGAAAGGCAGUACGUUUCCUCCAGUUCUUUGUAAGCUGAUAUGAAGUAGACAGACACCUUCUGAAGUUUUGUGCAUGCUGUGCUCUUUUUUUCUUUGCUGCAACAAGAAAAGCCUUUUCUUUUAACCUGGCUUCCUUUGAAGAAGUAACUCAGGAAGCUUCAUGGCCUCUCAAGAAUCUCAAGGACAAACGAACCCAGUCUUUAAGGACUACCUCCCUGGUUCUCCUGACCUGCUGGAGCAGGAGAAGCCUGCUGAGCCAGCAGGCCUGUGGAACCAAACCUCACGUGUGCAAAACUUGCCACCAGGGCUGGAGUAUCUGAACCAGCUUGACCGGAUCAUUAUUCAUCAGCAGGUGGAGCUCCUUGAAGCCAUACUUGGCACAGAGACCUGCAGCAAAUAUGAGAUAAAAAACCAUUUGGGACAAAGAGUUUACUUUGCAGUGGAAGAAAAUGGUUGCUUUGAUCGUAACUUGUGUUCGCCUAUAAGGUCUUUCACCAUAAGGAUCGCUGAUAACUCGGGCCGAGAGGUGAUUACAGUGAACAGACCCUUGAGAUGCAACAGCUGCUGGUUCCCUUGCUUCCUGCAAGAGUUAGAAGUUCAGUCCCCACCAGGCACAGUAGCUGGAUAUGUUGUACAGAACUGGGACCCAUUUCUGCCUAAGUUUACUAUACAGAAUGAAAGCAAAGAAGAUGUACUAAAAAUAAUUGGCCCAUAUGCAACUUGUGGAUGUUUUGAAGAUGUUGACUUCGAGGUAAAAGCUCUCAAUGAAAUGUCAACGAUUGGCAAAAUUUCCAAGUACUGGUCUGGAUUUGUAAACAAUGUUUUUACCAACACUGCCAACUUUGGGAUCCAGGUCCCAGUAGAUCUUGAUGUGAAAAUCAAGGCAGUGAUGAUUGGUGCAUGCUUCCUCAUCGACUUAAUGUUCUUUGAAAACUCUCUGGAUGGAUUAUAACAAGAUGACAGAAGCAAUAAAAUAUGCAGAAUGUGUUUCAGUAAGUUUUACGUAACUGCUCAUUCUUGCUGUCACAGUGCCUCACAACAGUGCUCCUAAACAUUCAUGCCAACACAGACUUUUAAGGAUAACCAGGGGAUCAGGCCCAGCCAGCAUGGCUUCAUGAAAGGCAAGUCCUGCUUGACCGACUUGAUCUCUUUCUUUGAUCGGGUGACCCACCUAGCAGAUGAGGGUAAGACUGUUGUUGUAGUCUACCCAGACUUUAGCAAAGCCUUUGACGCUGUUUCCCACAGCAUUCUCCUGCAGGAGCUGGCAGCCCAUGGCCUGAACGGGUGUACUCUUCACUGGGUAAAAAAACUGGCUCAAGGGCCAGGCCCAGAGAGUGGUGGUGAAUGGUGUUAAAUUCAGCUGUUCCCCAGGAGUUAAUAUUGGGGCCAGCCCUGUUUGAUGUCUUUAUUCAUUAUCUGAAUGAGAGGAUUGAGAGUACCCUCAUUAAGUUUCCAGACGACACCAAGCUGGCUGGAAGUGUCGGUCUGCCUGGGGGUAGCAAGGCCCUACAGAGAAAUCUGGACAGGCUGGAUCUCUGGGCUGAAGCCAAUGGUAUGAGGUUCAACAAGACCAAGUGCCGG